CCAAUGGGCGAUGGCUCAGUGUACCCUCCACAACUGAAUGGAAGUACUUCUGUAAUCUUCCUGGAGGAGACGUUCAAAUACUUCGGCCUUGUUUAUAGCCAGAUAUUUCUGAGCAGCAAUGGUUACCUGACCUUUGACGGGUCCUCCCCUGUGGAGCCACCCAACAGUGCACACUCAAACACAGACAUCAUCGCCCCCUUUUGGACAAAGUUUGACAACAGUGAACACAAAACAAUCUCUUACCAGCAAAUCACCAAUGGUUCCCUUCUACAACAAGCUACCAGUGAUAUACAGGAUCACUUCCCUGACCUCACAUUCUCUGCCACCUGGAUUUUCAUUGCAAACUGGGUCUUCAAGACAGAGUCACCGUCUUUCCAGGUGGUCUUGGUGUCAGACGGCAAUUUGUCCUUUGUCCUCAUGAACUAUGGGGCUGUACAGCAAACCAGUGCAUGGGCUGGCUACGACACCGCUGGCUCAUCCAACUCCUUCUGGAUUCCUGUUGACAGUGUGUCUGACCUGCAGCAAUACAGCAACGUUUACACUCCAGGCCGCUGGGCUUUCCGUGUGGAUGAAGAGAGUGCCGCUGGGGUCCGUGGCAGGGUUACUGACCAAGUGUGCGGCUUCUCAUCAAAGCCACCUUCCACCUUGAGCACCAGGAUCGUCAGUGGUCAGGAUUCCCAGCCAGGAAGUUGGCCCUGGCAGGUCAGCAUCCAUCGCUCUGGGCAUCAUCUGUGUGGAGGCUCCCUGAUCAACCACGGCUGGGUCAUCUCUGCUGCACACUGCUUCAAAAGUCUCUGCAUGGCUUCCUUGUCAGUGUACCUCGGGCGACUGAGCCAGGAAGACGGCAACCCCAAUGAGGUUCGGCGGAGCGUCAUGGCGAUUGUUCGUCACCCUGAUGAUGAAAACAACAUCGCCCUCCUCAGGCUGAGCGCUCCGGUCCGCUACACUGCCUUUGUCAAGCCUGUCUGCCUGGCAGCUAGUGGAAGCUUCUUCUAUACAGGGACCAACAGCUGGGUCACCGGCUGGGGACACGUUAAAGAAGGAGUGCCCCUCCCCUCCCCACAGAUCUUACAGGAAGUGGAGGUGCAGGUGGUGGGAAAUAAACAGUGCAGCUGUUCCUAUGGAGACGGGGUCAUCACAGACAACAUGAUCUGCGCAGGUGCACCCAAAGGUGGCAAAGAUGCCUGUCUGGGGGAUACCGGUGGUCCUCUGGUAAGCAGACAGGAGUCUGUCUGGGUUCUCUCCGGGAUCCUGAGUUUUGGAAUGGGCUGUGGUGAUCCUACUUCCCCAGGAGUCUACAGCAGGGUGUCCCGGUAUCAGCACUGGAUAACGGCGUACACCUCGGAUGACCUUCCAGGCUUUAUCCAGUUUCAGUCAGAUGGCCCAGACACCGAUAAGGACUACACCUGUCCCAGUCCAAGUACUCCAGUCACCCACUCUACCCCUCCAGUGACGCUAUUCCCGACUGCAUUUACAACAACAACUGAGGCACAGAUUACAAGUACAUCAACAGUGGCAACGACAACACACAACAACAUAGGUAAACAUCAAAAAACACGAGUCACAUUCAUUUAG